UCGCCACGUCCACCUGCUCUCCCGGGACGGGGCGUCGCUGGCGCCGGCCACGCUCUUCGUGCACGUCCAAGCCACGAAGCUGUGAGAGCUCCCGGCCGAGGGACCGCCCGGGCAGGGCCUGCCAGGAGCCCUUCGACAUUGCGCGCAGCGGGGCACGAGUCUGGGCCGCCCUGCCGGUCCCACGCUGGGUGCGUGGUGCCAGGUGGCCCUGUGCUGAGUCUGUGGGGCCGGGCGGCCCUAUGCUGAGUCUGUGGGGCUGGGAGGCCUUGCCGGCCCUACCCUGGGUGCGUGGUGCCAGGCAGCCCUAUGCUGAGUCUGUGGUGCCGGGCGGCCCUAUGCUGAGUCUGUGGGGCUGGGAGGCCUUGCCGGCCCUACCCUGGGUGCGUGGUGCCAGGCAGCCCUAUGCUGAGUCUGUGGGGCCGGGCGGCCCUAUGCUGAGUCUGUGGGGCUGGGAGGCCUUGCCGGCCCUACCCUGGGUGCGUGGUGCCAGGCAGCCCUAUGCUGAGUCUGUGGGGCCGGGCGGCCCUAUGCUGAGUCUGUGGGGCUGGGUGGCCUUGCCGGCCCUACCCUGGGUGCGUGGUGCCAGGCGGCCCUAUGCUGAGUCUGUGGGGCCGGGCGGCCCUAUGCUGAGUCUGUGGGGCUGGGAGGCCUUGCCGGCCCUACCCUGGGUGCGUGGUGCCAGGCAGCCCUAUGCUGAGUCUGUGGGGCCGGGCGGCCCUAUGCUGAGUCUGUGGGGCUGGGAGGCCUUGCCGGCCCUACCCUGGGUGCGUGGUGCCAGGCAGCCCUAUGCUGAGUCUGUGGGGCCGGGCGGCCCUAUGCUGAGUCUGUGGGGCUGGGUGGCCUUGCCGGCCCUACCCUGGGUGCGUGGUGCCAGGCAGCCCUAUGCUGAGUCUGUGGGGCCGGGCGGCCCUAUGCUGAGUCUGUGGGGCUGGGAGGCCUUGCCGGCCCUACCCUGGGUGCGUGGUGCCAGGCAGCCCUAUGCUGAGUCUGUGGGGCCGGGCGGCCCUAUGCUGAGUCUGUGGGGCUGGGAGGCCUUGCCGGCCCUACCCUGGGUGCGUGGUGCCAGGCAGCCCUAUGCUGAGUCUGUGGGGCCGGGCGGCCCUAUGCUGAGUCUGUGGGGCUGGGUGGCCUUGCCGGCCCUACCCUGGGUGCGUGGUGCCAGGCAGCCCUAUGCUGAGUCUGUGGGGCCGGGCGGCCCUAUGCUGAGUCUGUGGGGCUGGGAGGCCUUGCCGGCCCUACCCUGGGCACGUGGUGCCUCUCACCUGCACCUUCCUGCUGUGGGGGCCGCGGGGGGGGCCUGUGCCAGGGCCCUUCCAGAAACAGGCAGAGGAGGGACUCGGGGCAGGCCAGCGCCAGGUGUGACGAGGGGGCUGGACGGGCGGCUCUUUCCACUAGCCAGCGAGGGCGUUCCUGCAACGGGGGCGGGGACACGCUGCCUGCCUCUCGUGCAUCACACAAGCGUGUGCAUGCGCCCACAUUCUCACAGGGAAGCGCACAUGCUGAAGGGCCCACCCACACGCCAGUGGUCACGUGCACAGCUACUCUGAGGGGCUACACACACACGUGCAGAGGCCACACUCGCCUCCCUCCGAUGGGCACAUGCCAAUGCACUCGCACACGCACUCACACGGCCCCCCGACCCAGCAGAGGGGCCACACGCUCCGCAGAGCACACGCACUCACAUGCUUUCCAGUUAACCCUUUAGUGCUCGCUGCACAUGCUGGGGGCAGAGACGCUUGCACUGAAGGGGCCUUUGGCUUGGUCGCAGCGGG